AUGUCGUCGUCCAAAGACCUUGAGUCGGUGACGACUCCCAAAAAACGAAAACAUCGGGCGGAAGAAAAAGAAUUGUCCAGGAAGAAAAAGAAGCAGCGGACGGAAGAACGACCACAACAAUCCGCGGAACCAAACAGUCCGACCGCUACUGUGGUCGCAUCCCAAUCACAACUCUCGACAGAGACAGACGGGGCACAAAAGAAAAAGAAGAAGAAGGCCAAAGACAAGGAUACACACAAGCAGACAGAAACAGAGCCCGAACCUGAGACUGUGCAGGUCAAUGGGAAGUCCCCCGAACCCGAGGACAUUGAGUUGGUCGAUGCACCAUCGCCAGAAGCAGAGCCCACUGUGGACGAGCCGCCGGCAACCACCUCCCUGACGGCAGUGGAUGGUGAAGAUGGAGCAACUGUGGAAUCAGAAAUGGUGGCAGAUCUGCUGGACUCAGCCGACCCGACAUCGUUUUACUCUACCCGCUUAUCUCUCUACCUGUCUAUUCCUGCGAUCGCACUCGAAACAAGCAGCUCGUCGAUCCUUGCUACCCACCUGGCGCCACUCCUCCUCACAUACUUCCCUCCCGCGCAAGGGAUAGUGCUUGGGUUUUCGGACCCUGUCUUGUCCGCGACACCGGACACGGACCUCAACCGACCUCUCCUCCCUCCUUCGGAUGGUGACUUCGAAUCCCAAGCGGAGGUCCUAGCAAAGACCGCCGACGAGGCCGGGGUCUGCUGGGUAUGGCUUACUGCCACGUUUCUCGUGUUCCGACCGGAACGAGGAGACGAGCUGUACGGAUGGACCAAUGUUACGUCAGAAGGGUUCGUCGGGUUGGUCAGCUACAACUAUUUCCAAACGGCUGUGGCCAAGAACAGAAUCCCGCAGGACUGGACGUGGACUGGACCCAGCCGAGAAGACACCGUCAAGAACAAAAGGAAGGGCAAGAAAGCCCGCCUCCGGGACGAGGACGGCGCUUCAAGCCAGAUACAUGGCGAUGACAAUGAGCAUGACCAUGCGGCGGCGGCGAGGCAGGAGGACGAUCAUGGUGCUGUCUCUCAAGCUCGAAUUGUCGAUGAUGGAGGCUUCUUUGUCGACGCCAACGAUGGCUCCAAGGUGCAAUCCACGCAGAAGUUCAGAGUCGUGGAUGCGGAAAUCGUGCCUGGUCACGACCGACAUAAGUGGUCCCUGCAGAUCGAGGGGACGCUGCUGGAUGACGAGGCGGAGCAGAAGGCGGUCGAGGAGGAAAGGGCCAGGUUUGAGCUGUCCCAACACCGCAGCCGCUCUUACACGCCAGGAGAUCCGUCUAUGUUGAUGAGCGGUGCGUUGGCUCGGAGUCGCGAGGGCAGUGUCGCUUCAAGGCUGUCUGGGCCGGUUCCGAGUCAACGGCAUCGAGUGGCAUACUGA